AUUUUCCGCCACAUUUUCCAACUUCGUCUAUCCUUAGACAAGCGCGUACAGAUGCAGAGGCAACAUAUGAAUCUGUGAAUAGAUCUCUCGCAUUGCACAGAUGUGACCUUUGACCAACAAUUUUAGAUUACAACAGCCUUUGCAAGAGUGACAUAACUUUGGACUUUUGGCUUCAUUAAAUACAAUGUCUAAUAUUACCUGUUGCUUGAAUAAGUUGCCAUUAUAACCAAGCCAGCCGGGUUAACAUGGAUAACUUAAUAACAUUGGAUAGCGAUUCUGAUGAAGAGGUACAAAAUAGAAACACUCAACAAUACACAAACACAUUUGGGACUCUUAUUCCACAAAAUCUGCCAUUAGCAGAGACACUACCUCCAAAUGUUACUCGUACUUUGGGGAUAAGACCCAAUGAUAACAAUCAGGGCCAAGCUAUGUAUAGAGCCAAUCAGCAAGUGCCAGCCUCACAAUACCAGCAUGGUAGUAUAAAUCAAGGACCACAGAUACCAGUCUUCAUUGUGCCAAAUCCAAGUAAUAGAGUGUCCCCAGCUCCAAGUAAUCACAAUCAACUUGGACCUGGACAGAUUCUGCAGCAACAGCAGCUUAAUCAGGUUGGAGUACCUGUUCAAAAUGUACAAAACUUUGGAACAGCUGGAUUAGCAGGUCAAAAUGUACAGAAUAAAUUUGGAAUACAAACUCAGCCUUACAUUCAGCCUCCUACUAAUCAGAUGACGCAACAAUAUCAAACAAACCCAGCACAUAUGCCUGGGAACAAUACCAUACGUGGCUCAAGUCCAGCAUUGAUGGGGUCUCCCCAGCUUGGAAGUGGACAGUCUACCUAUCAAGGAAUGGGCACUUCACCAUCUAUGGGCAAUUCAAUAGCUAUGGGCAAUCCUCCAGUGAUGGGCAAUGUCCAAGGUUCUGCUCAAGGUGAAAUGGCAAGAUAUCCAACAGGCAUGAUGAAUGAUGGGAAUCAACGUGUUAUGAUGUCAUCACAAGCAGCUGGCAGUGCUAACCCCUCAAUAAUGUCAACUAUGACUAGGACUGUCUCAACAGCAUCAGGCAGCCGUGCAGCUACCACAGAGCUACAAGCAACUAAAGCUGAACAAGAAAUGUUUCAACAGCAUUUGAGAUCUAAAUCUACUAUCUGGUCAACCCUGUACAUAUGCAGUACUUGUUCACAUGGCACAAACUCCAGUGAAGAAUUCAUUCAACACUUAUGUUAUGCUCCAAAUCAUCCAAUCCCAUUUGGUUGUAUAUAUUGCUCAAAAGCUUUCAACCCCUUCAAUCAAUCUAUUGAAGUCA